ACUUUAUGACGUCUUUAAAAGUGGGUCACAAAACCAUCUCUGUUGUGACCAGUCAAUAUGGUGCCAUCAAAUUACAGUCCAAUUCUUAGCGUAUUGUCGACGGUGUUGCUGUUUGGUGGAGUAUUUUCAAAUGGUAAAGUGUGUUACGAGUGUUAUCAUAUGUCACAUCCGCGGGACUGUAACAAUGUAGUAGAGUGUGGUUCCCAUCAGGUGUGUUACGUUAAUAGGUACGUGACGAGCGACGCCCACGUCUAUUAUAACUCAGGCUGCUUAUCAUAUAACAGUUGUUACAGCCAUCACGGACGACGGGAAUCAGAACCGGCGUCAAACACCAAAGUUGACGUCACUGCUACAGGCAUUAGAAGAAAUAAUCCAGCCAGUCAUCCCGAUUGUUCAUCCUGCUGUCAUCACGACUUUUGUAACACUAAUUUGUGUGAAACUCAUAAAGUGAAUUCAACGAAGAAGCGCUGCAUGUCAUGUGACAGCGUUGAGCAUCUGAGUGACUGCCAGACAGUGCGAGGAUGUGAUGAAGACGAGAUGUGCUAUACGUCAUAUUACCUCCACACGUUUGGCGAAAAACGAUUUCGACUCGGAUGUAUGAGAAACAAUACAUGCAAUCAGGGUGGAGCAGUGCACAUUGGCGAGACACAAUUUUGUUCGAAAUGUUGCAUAGGUGAAAACUGUAACAGAGAAUUAUGUAAAGAUGCAGCCACCCCUCCCCCGAUCACUACGCCCGGUACCACUACGCUUGUCUGUGAGGACGAUCCUAAUCGUCCUUGUAUUCCUAGUCUUUUACCGACUAUCUGUGCAGAUUCCGUGUUCAGGAAUUUUUGCAUGAAAUCGUGUGGGUUGUGUGGUGGUGGUUUUAUUGGACAAACGUCUCCAGGUGUUACCACUUCUAUUACGUCUGCCCCAGUUUCUACCACAGCUCCGGUUGUUACUACUGUGGUCACAGCUAUGACGUCAUCAACAGCUGCGACAACUGGUUGUCAGGACAGUAACCAGCAGUCCUGCGCUUUCGAAAUACUUCCUAUCGUAUGCUUCGAUGAUAUUAUGAAGUUUUACUGUCGAAAAUCUUGCAACAUAUGCGACUUGGUGGUUCCACCUACCUCUGCCUGUGUUGACACGCAUCCAACUCAAUGUAAUAACCAAACAAUGUUGACGAGUAUUUGUGCGGAUAAAGAGUUAGCCGACCUAUUUUGUCAAAAGAGUUGUGGAAUGUGUCAGGGAGCUACCUCUCCCGCUACAACAACGUGCAAAGACGACGACACAAGAUGCUUCAGUAUACCGUUUUUGAGCAUGGCGUGCUCCGACCCCAACCAGAAGCAUCUGUGUAGACAGAGCUGUAGUGUUUGCACAUAAUAAACAUAAUAAAAGCCAUUAGAUCAAA